CAAAUGGACGCCCACACAAUAAUCGAAACAGAGUAUAUGGAAUAUGGUAAAAAGCGAAACAAAAGCAGGAGUUGCCCUUGCAAGUCAUCAUAGAAUUUAAUAAAACAGCACGGCAAUGAACUAUAACCGUUUUUUUCAUGAAAACUUAUUUCAGUAAGUUCUUCUCGUUGAGAUUCAUUUGUUUCACUCCACCACGUGCAGUGUGGUAGAGUCUUUUAAAACACGAAAACAAUUCGAAAUACUAGCUUCGGAUAAAACUUUGGCUACAAUUUCCUACUAGUAUAUCACCUCUUGUCGGGCUUCCAUAUUGACUUCUUAAAAUUGCAGUAACUUGUGUGCUUGGGGUGAUCUUUUUCCCUUUAGAAAUUUUGUCUAGAAUACACAGCACAUCUCAAUGUCCGUUUUUCCAGUCCGGGAAUUAACUUUCCCUGGACCUUUAGAGAUUCAAAAGCCACCAGCUAGUAAUCUCCCUUUAGUUAUCGACAACGGUUCUUGUCAAUUACGUGCAGGGUGGGGCGGCGAACAAGAGCCUAGGUUAGUAUUUGACAACCUUGUCUCCCGGUAUCGUGACAGAAAACUUUCUCGUACUUCCACUCUUGUUGGUUACGAUACACUUAUUGAGCCUGGUGCUCGUUCAAUCGCAAAGUCACCCUUUGAAAAUGGUUUAAUCAACAAUUGGGACGUUUUUGAGAUGGUCAUGGAUUACACGCUUCUCAAACUUGGUGUUAAGAGUCUUGAUCAUCCAGUAUGUAUGACUGAGCCAUUACUGAAUCCCAGGUACAAUAGGUUGACAAUGACUGAGUUAAUGUUUGAACUGUAUAAUGCACCUAGUGUUUCAUAUGGUAUUGACAGUAUGUUCUCUGCAUAUCAUAAUCUUGGGGAUAAUGCAAGCGGGAUUGUCUUGGACUUCGGUAACUCAGCAAGUAGUGUCAUCCCUUUCAUAAAUGGUCAUGGAGUUUUAUCUAAAGCAAAACGCAUAUCUUGGGGUGGUUCACAAGCGGCCUCAUACUUAUUAAAUUUGUUUCAGCUAAAAUAUCCAUCAUUUCCCUUAAAAAUGGUUCCAAGUCAAGCUCAGCUCCUAUUUCACGAUCAUUGUCGGGUCUCACCUGAGUUCAUUUCAGAAAUAAAGGUUGCUCUCAAUCGUGACUAUCUUGACAAAAACGAUAUAAUCGUUCAAUUCCCGUAUCAAGAGGCACUAGCUCAUGAGCGGAGUGAACAAGAGUUAGCUCGUAUCGCUGAACGCAAGCGUGAGAGUGGUCGUCGUCUCCAAGCACAAGCUGCUGAGAAGAGAAGAGAAAAGCAAGCAGAGCGUGAGCGUGAAUUGGAGUCCGCGCUUGAAUUGCAAAAAGAAAGUUUGACUCUUCCUCAGCGUGCGUAUCAAAAAGCACUUGAAAAGGCUGGGUUCGCAGAUGAUUCCGAGCUUGCUUCCCAUAUCCGAACAUUGCAAACGAGAAUACGUAAAUCACAGCAUAGCCAAACACACGAGGACACAGAUGCCGCCUCGGAAACAACCGAAGUUGAUUCAAUCAACGAGAAUUCAUUUCCUCUUUUAAGCAUUCCCGAUGAUCAAUUAAGUGAAAACGAAUUGCGACAGAAGCGUCACCAACGACUUAUGAAAGCGAAUUAUGAUGCACGGAUUCGCGCCAAGGCAGAGAAGGCUAAGGAGCUGGCGGCUGAACAACAGCGAUUAGAGGAAGAUAGAAGGCUCCGAGAAGAAGAGUUUCCUAUAUGGGUCACUCAAAAACGUGAACAGUAUUCCAAACUGCUCUACAAAUUAUCUGAGAAUAAGCGCUUACGUAAAGAAUUGAAUGAUCGCAAGUCGCAUGCUUCCCAAAUGCGGAUGAAAAACCUAGCCAACUUAGUCAGUGAACGUCCGACUCAUAAACGCCGCCGUCGGACUAACCAAGAAGAUAACUUUGGUGCCAAUGACGAAGAUUGGAGUGCAUACCGCGAUGUUAUGACUGCUGACCAACUUGACAGCGAAAUUGAACGGCUUAUGGAAGAAAUAUACGCUCUUGAAAAACAGCUUUUAGAGUAUGACACUGAGUUUACUGACGAACAGACUUACGAUGUUGUACAUGACCCUAAAAAAACUCUUAUAUAUGCAUACACACAUGGUAAUACGGAUUACGACUCAUCAAACGUGGCCCAAAACUAUCAGCUUCAUCUUAAUGUUGAACGUAUCCGUGUACCUGAAAUUGUUUUCCGUCCAUCCAUAGCGGGUUUGGAUCAAGCUGGUGUGAUUGAAAUCAUUCGUACCAUGCUUCAAGAUACUGAAUUGAAUGUUGACAACAAACUCAUGAGUAACAUUUUGCUCACUGGUGGUAUGUCUUUACUUCCGGGUUUUGUUGAGCGUAUAAAAAACGAAUUAAAAGCGAUCCUUCCUACAGGAACUGCAUUAAAUGUGAAACGGGCUCAAGAUCCUUCGCUCGAUGCUUGGAAAGGUGCUUCAUCUUGGAGCGUGACUGAGAAAUUCAAGCAAAGUUGUAUAACGAGAGAGGAAUUUACAGAAAAAGGUAUGGAUUACAUAAAGGAGCAUGCUCUCGGUAAUCCUGUCUAAAAACUGGUUGCUGUACGUAACAACCGUCUCUUGGACACGAUUUUCCAUCUAGCCAAUUCAGCUGGGCGAUGAUAUCUCGUUUAAUGAAAAGUAAAAUGAUUGAAUAUGGCUAAAGUCUGAAUUUUCAUAUUAUUGCUAUUAGAAGAACAAAAUGUUACCAUUGUGUAUUAAAUUUACAGACAGAAAAUUAGGUCAUUAUUCUUUUUCUUUAAAUUUACAGUUAUUGGUAAAGUAGGUAUUUUUAAUAUUUAAAUACCCAAAUUCUCUGGUCUUCUUUAAACA